CGCACAGCCGUCCUUCCUUUCUGCUAGCUUCUCCGCCAUGGCGCCGAUUCAGAAGAAGCAGAACACCAGCAAAGGUGGCAAGAAGAAGAAGCAGGUCCUGAAGUUCACACUGGACUGCACCCAUCCUGUUGAAGAUGGCAUCAUGGACGCUGCCAACUUCGAGCAGUUUCUUCAGGAGCGCAUCAAGGUGAACGGGAAAGCUGGCAACUUGGGUAACGGUGUGGUCUCCAUCGAGAGGAGCAAGAGCAAGAUCACAGUCUCCUCUGAGGUGCCCUUCUCCAAAAGGUACCUGAAGUAUCUGACCAAGAAGUACCUGAAGAAGAACAAUCUGCGCGACUGGCUGCGUGUUGUGGCCAACACCAAGGAGAGCUACGAGCUCCGCUAUUUCCAGAUCAACCAGGAUGAAGAGGAGGAGGAAGAUGAAGAUUAAAUCAACAAGUCAUCAGCUUUUGUACAUUUAAAUAAAUGUUGUUUUACAGUACAGAA